AUGUCUCAUCUGCCUGUGUCUUUAUGAAAUGUCUCUUGACAGCGGCUCAAUUUCAAUUCAAUCUGUUUUGGAAACAUGAAAGAUUGUAAAGAAAAAAAAAGCUAAUGUUUGGAGGUGUUGAAAUGGGAAGGCUUCUAUUAACUAUGCUAUCACCAAAAAGUACAUUUCUGCUAAAUUCAGUGGAAAACCUCACCGCAAGAUUUCUCUGCAAUGAUGCACAUGUGAGUCACUCAAGUGGUGACGCAUGAAGGUAUAAAUGGACACAAUGAUGGGAAACUGAUUUAGAUCUAAAGGUGGUCUUACACAAGAUUUAGUAAUUUGUCCAAAUUGUAGGUCGCUCUACUCUUGGUGUCCUCAACAAGUUCAACAAGUAAAAUCCCAACGCAGAUUGAACAAACAUGACCCCGAGCUAUGCGCUGUCAAUUUUUUCAGGAGGACCUGCCUGCUGUGUCAUGACUGCCAGUGUGUAGAAAAUGUGUUUAAGUGGCUGCAGACCCAUUUUGGUUCACGGUGUGGAGGUGGAACAUGUGUUGGCUCUGCCUUGAGGCCAUGUUUGGCACAAUUAGGUGCUCCCUCACCUCUACAGACUGAGGUCACUGGGCCACUGAGGUCAGGGGUUAUUUAGGGUCCUGUCUGCGCUACCUUUCCUGAGCCAACAUGAAGGAGCAGGACAGCUGAUGUCAGCUGUGAUGUUAGAGGUGUUUGUUCAUUAAACACUUUUCUAAAACAAGCACAGGUCUGGUGUUAGAUCAUGAAUGUCUUAAGAUGUGUUCAGUGUAGUUUACAGAGACAGUUCUUUGUCAGAAAAAGACUCAUCUUGUGAAAUUCUUUCCAGAAUGCGUGCUUGCACAACCUCACAUUUUCUCUCAGAUCUACUGAAAGCCGCUGCGGCCAAAAGAGAUUUACGAAAAAUCCUUUUUUUGGUUUGCAGGACUUCACGGUCUGUCAUGGCAAAAUUUAUAAUUUGUGCCAUUUAUAAACAUAAAUUCCACAUCAUAAUGUGCAUUAACCUAUAAAUCCCUCCUUCAUUCUUCUAAUCCGCAGUAUUUUCAUUGACUCGGUCCAUGUUGUGACCCGUGGUUUAACAGAUUUGUUUUUAUAUCUCGUUAUCAGCAUGAUAAAGAUCAUGGAAGACAAAUGUUAUUGUGAAUUCACACUUGUUCACAUGAUAAAGGGAAAAAAGACAAAUUUUUAGCAGUAUAUCAACGCAUAUGAUUUAUGACUGUUAUGCACAUUCACUGUAAAAAUAAAAAAGCUUUCAAGAAUGUAUGUUCAUAAAAAUACCCUACAAAAUGCUUAACAUUAAAGCUUAUACUGAUGACUGUCAGAAAUAAAAGGUUUAGAUUGAUUUCUGCCCCAAUAAUGAAUUUGAUGAACGGGAAGGCAGACACAAGGGUGCAUGCGGACUGACACUCCAGCCUAAAUCUGGAACCCAUAAAGCCUCAGACAUCUCUGCAACAUUAGACAGAGCACUUCUUAUUGGCCGAGAGGACCACUUACCCCCUUCCUUCAUCACCCGCCCAGCUAACGCACACUUGCUGCUUUCCUGCCUGGCUCAGGCUGGACCACGCCUUCUGGAAGUUCGCUGAGCCAAUGAGAAGUGCCCGCAGGCCCUGGGUUAGCGUUUGGGUAUAAAAGGGGCGGAGGUGGACCUGCCUGUCAGAUGGUUUGUUGUUGUUCUGUCUGCCAGGUUGAGAAGGGAAUGUGAAAGCGAGAAGUUUAACAAGGUAACCAGGAAACAGGACAGCCACAGCGACGUUCAAGCCAAUGGAGAUUCAGCAGCCGUAACUUUCGUUGACGGAGGACAAGACUCUUCUUACACAAGCUUGUCAAGUUCAGGUUUGUAACUGCUGUCAGAAAGGCUGAAAAGAGAAAAAAAAGCCUUACAGCAUCCUGUCUUUGCAGUGGAGUUUGGAAGGUUGUCAGUGGACGGUACAAUGAGAGAAGAGGUGUCCUGCACCAACUCCCCUGAAGGAGGGAUGGGGGCCAGCGAAGAGGAACUGGAGAGAGGAUCGAAGAAGAGCCUCCAAGCAGGAAAUCGAAAACGCUCCCCUUACCCCAAGAAAGACAGCCUCGGUCAGACCGAGGAGAGCAGCACCGGCAGUCCCAAUAGCCUGCUGCCGUCUGGGCCAAAGAGGUUGAAGAAGAGCCCUUCAACAGUGGUGACUCUUGCUCCCACGUCGCUGGGCCCCAGGCCGGACCAGCCCUUCGAGGACCUCCACUCUCAGCGCGUCAUCGCCAACGUGCGGGAGCGUCAACGCACUCAGUCCCUGAACGACGCCUUCGCCUCUCUACGCAAGAUCAUCCCCACGCUUCCUUCAGACAAGCUGAGCAAGAUCCAGAUCCUUAAACUGGCCUCGCGCUACAUCGACUUCCUCUACCAGGUGCUGCAGAGCGACGAGAUGGACGCUAAGCUGGCCAGCUGCAACUACCUGGCCCACGAAAGACUGAGCUACGCCUUCUCAGUCUGGAGGAUGGAGGGGGCCUGGGCCAUGUCCACCAGCCACUAGGACCCCAUCACACGUCUCUCCUAAACCCUCUCGUGUCCACAUCUCCACCCCACCGCCUCUGUCUGUGUUUGCACCCCAUUCAUGACCUCUGAAUUCUUCCCUUUUGGUCUGAUCUUAAUCUUGUUUUAUCUCAAACCUUUGCAUACGUUGCUCAUCCUGCUUGAUCUAUGUGCUCCAUGAUAGUUCACUCCACCUCUACACCAGCUUUAACAACAAUGGUUGGAUCUAAAACCUUUCACAGUUCACCCUGUUCCCCUCCAUUGUUUCCACUCCCACUGCUCUCCCUUGUCUGUCCCACAGUUUAGUCCAGUGCAACAAGACGCUCCACUGCAGCCCCUCAGAAAACCGACAAAUGGAAAAUUCUCUACACUCAAAGAAGAAACGUAUUCCUGCCUCACCAGUCAUCCCAACUUUUUUUUUUUUUUAACACUUUUCCUCUUUCUCUGGACACGUGCUCCAUUCGUGACACUGAGAUGUGUUCCUCCAGCUUGACUCUUUUAACAGUUUUCGCUGUGUGUUUCUGAAACACUGAACUCUGCUGAAGAGACGUGACAGUCAAGCAAUGAACAUUUUUGAAUGAACAAAACAAGAAAAAACUUAACAGCUGGCCUGCGGUGACAAUGAAACAAAAUGGCUGCUGGUUUCGAAUGCCUUGGGUAACACCUUGAUAACCAUCAUCCAGCCGACUCUUCACAGCGUCUCGCAUCGGAUGACUCACUGCCAGACAGACAUUAAGAUGACUAAUGAUAAUGGCACAGAGAUGGUUAGAGGGCGGUCACAGCCAAUGAAUGUUUACAGCUAAAAUGCUAAUAAGCUAAUCACUCUGGCUCUGAAAGCCCUGACUUGUGGGAAAAGGAAGAGCACGAGGAAUCUGACGCAGAUCUUCUCCUUUGUUGUGCUGUAGUAACUGGAUCGCUUUCUGUGUAUUUUGGGGUUGUGUAUCUGUUUGUGAAUUGGGUGUACGCACACUUCAACUCUGCUUAUGCAUUACACUUGGCUUUAAUGAAAAAAUGUCCAUGGGAAACCACUGAUCACUCAGCCACUAUUCCACUUGUGUUUAUUUUUUACUUCACUUGUGCUGUUAUUAGUGAGCGAUGUGUAAAGUUUUAUUUUAUAUAAUGCAAGAAAAUCUGAUUCAUGUAUCUCUAUUUCCUGCAGCUUUAAGAAAUAUCUUUGCAGACCUGCUGUGACCAUUUCCAUUGACUAAUGCAAAAAAAAAAAAAAAAAAAGUAAAACAGCAGAAAGUACUUUGUAAAAUGUGCCAAAGUGAUGAUGGAGUGAUUACAGCCACAUUAUAGAGGAUUCAUUUGUAACCAUAAUUACUGAAAUUGCUGUUUGAUCGUGUUUCUUUUUGUCUUGAUUUGCAUCUGCUCUGGAUCAUCUUUAUUGUGUCAGCUCCUGUGGACAAUAAAAUGUUUCUCGAUGAUGUAUGUAAGUGCAAUAUUUUGAUAAUGUGAGGAAUAAUGCAUUACACGUCAGCAUUCACUGCUUCAGAUAUUAGAGGGAGCCGCGGUGAAUUUGCUAAAUAAAAUACAAGAUUAAUGAAGUUCAGAACGAACAACAGGCAUAAACAAAUC